UGGCUCCAGCUCCGCAACUGGUCUGUGCUGCUUAACAACUACUUUUUCACGUCACUUGGCAGCACGGAGGCCAAGGACUUGGUGAGAUACGUUCGUCGGGUGUGGUCCGAGAUGGGCUUCCCAGGUUCCCCCAGCCACCUUGACCUCAGGACGGCUGUCUCGACAUAUAACUUUCAACAAAACGACGACGAGAUGCGUAAGAACCUCUCCUCAUUCAUGUGCCACAGUGCCGAGACCCAGGAGAGGUUCUACGCUCUACACAAGACUGUUCAGAGAGCGAUACAAAUGAGGGACAUGUUUGUGUGGCUCUCACUGAGAGAGGAAGAGGCAGGUCCCUCAUCAGCUGCCUCCUCCUCCGCUGCCGCCUCCUCCUCAUUGGCUGCCUCCUCCUCCUCCUCCUCCUCAUCAGCUGCCUCCACCUCCGCUGCAGCCUCCUCCUCAUCCGCGGCCUCCUCCUCCGCUGCAGCCUCCAACUCCGCUUCUGAGGGCAGAGUUUUCUCACCAAAGAAGCCCAGGCUCACCACACAGGCCUUGGCCAAAAAGGUGAAGGAGAAGGUGGGCUUCUCCCAGCGAAAGAUGGACAAGGCGAGGAGGGCCCUUGUCAUGUUGAAGAAAAUAUAGUUUGUGUUUAGUGCGUGUUGUGUGUUUUUGUUCUUUGUUCAAUUGUUCAUAUUUAAAGUUCCAAAUUGUUCAUAUUGUCGAUUGUUGAUUGUUGAUUGUUGAUUGUUGAUUGUUUACAUUUAUGUUGUGUUUAUAACACAAAAAUGUGUAGUAUCAGACUGGUUCAUCCUAAAACCUGAUUGAUAUUUCUCUAAAAUAUUGUUUCUAUUUAAAAAAUCAUUCACUUGGUUAAAAAACAGUUUCUCUAAAAUCGUACUAAAAGACGGUAAGUAGGAUACAGGUCGGUAAU